ACACUGCCGCUUGCCGCCGCGCUUCAGUCGGCUCGGAUCGUAUGUCGGAUCGAGUUGUGAGAAUCGAAACGCGAGCAUUCCACGGAAAAACACGCGAGUUUGAAAAUCGAAUCUACAUUCUACAGUAGCAUUUUGUUUUUCUUAGCUGCCAGUGCUAUCGGAUUUAGCUAUGGCUUGCCCAAUGAGGUCAGCGAUGGACCAGGCGUCCUCCAGCGACCCUCAAGGCAACGAGGCGGGCAUGCUCUACGGAGAGUACCUGAUGCUGGACAAGCUGCUCGCCUCCCAGCGCAUGCUGAGCGCGCAGUCCAGCAAGACCGUGCACGAUGAGCAUCUGUUCAUCAUCACGCAUCAAGCGUACGAGCUCUGGUUCAAGCAGAUCAUCUUCGAGGUGGACUCCGUGCGCACCAUCCUCAACGUGGAGGGGCUGGACGAGGGACACACCAUGGAGAUCCUGAAGAGGCUCAACCGCGUCGUGCUUAUUCUGAAGCUGCUAGUGGACCAGGUGAUGAUCCUGGAGACGAUGACUCCGCUGGACUUCAUGGACUUCAGGAACUACCUGAAGCCGGCCUCGGGCUUCCAGAGCCUGCAGUUCAGGCUGCUGGAGAACAAGCUGGGUCUGAAGCAAGCGCUGCGCGUCAAGUACAACUCUAGCUACCAGACCGUGUUCGGAGAUGACCCCGAGGCCAUGGACGCACUACAGAAGUCAGAACAAGAGCCGGCACUGCUAGCCCUCGUGGAGCGGUGGCUGGAGCGCACGCCAGGGCUGGAGGCGCGGGGGUUCAACUUCUGGGGCAAGUUCCAGGCGGCUGUGGACCUGUCGAUUAAACAGGAUUUGGAGCUCGCUGCGAAAGAGGAAACCGAGUCAGUGCGCCGCUACCGCAUCCUGGACGCAGAGAACCGGCGCGAGAUCUACCGGUCCAUCUUCGACCCGGCCGUCCACGACGCUUUCCGGGCCAGGGGAGAGAGACGGUUGUCCCACAAAGCACUGCAAGGAGCCAUCAUGAUCACGUUCUACCGAGACGAGCCGCGCUUCUCGCAGCCGCACCAGAUCCUGACCCUGCUAAUGGACAUGGACAGCCUUAUCACCAAGUGGCGUUAUAACCACGUGAUCAUGGUGCAGCGCAUGAUCGGCUCGCAGCAGCUCGGCACCGGCGGCUCCUCCGGCUACCAGUACCUGCGCUCCACGCUCAGUGAUCGCUACAAAGUAUUCCUGGACCUAUUCAACCUGUCUACCUUCCUGCUGCCUCGCUCGCUGAUCCCCCCACUAGAUGAUACGAUGAAGAAAAGCCUCAACCUGACGUGGGGACACACUGGACACACUAACGACGCCAGCACCAACGGGAAACAGGAGAGUAGUAAUGAAGCCUCGUUAUAGAAAAAGAGGGAGCAAUAGGGUUGCGACAAUGGUGUCAAAUAACGCAUCUUUUACAUAAUGAGAAAGGAAGAAACAGUAAGGAAAUAGCCGAAGGGCACAUGAUUGGUAUUAUGGUCUAUCUUAUAUAUUCCGCGGGCGUAUAAGUAAUAACUCAUUCGCUGAUUUGCAAAAGGAACUUAACGCUAAUGUCGUUUUUAAAUGACAUGUAGGUAUCCUACCUUGCGUUAACAGUAUACGGACAGAAAGAGACAGACAUAUAUUUAAUGCCGACAUUAGCUUAAGUUUCCUUUAUGCAACUCGAUAAUUGUUAAUUAUUCAAAAAUAUAGCUUUUUUGCCCUUUGAGGUUGAAGUGGCGCCAUCUAGUGUCGGACCCUAUUGUAUUUUUAAACUUAAACCAGUGUUACAUUUUACUAUUGAAUAGGUAGUAUGUUUAGAUUAGCCAUGUAAGUUUUUGUUCGUGAUUCAUAUUAUUAUCAAUGUAAUGGUUUUGUUUUUUUAUUAUUAAUAGUACAUAGGUAAGUAAUAAAAUUAUGAAGUUU